AUUACAGUAAAAAUAAAAUAUCCAUAAUAUCUCCAUAGCAGCAGAUUUCAUCUACUUUAAAAUUCCUUCCACGUCUACCCAUGGGUUUGGCAAUCAUGUCAUGUCGUAACGUACAUGGCUACACUGCCAACGGGGCACCUUCGCUCCGAUCGAUGGCUCUCUGUCAACAAUGUACUUUCUUCUGAAAUAUUUAUGAAAUAACCCAACAAACGUACUAAUUACUUCUAAAACGCUAGAAAUAAGCCUUGAAUACGUAUUUAUGUCGCUUCGUUUCAAAGUUGAUAGUGAAAGGUGACAAGUGAAAGUGCGGUGCAUGUCAGAGAGUGACUGGUAUUGUUGUAGCUAGCAUAUGCGUGCGGAUUCCUCGCGAAUGUUACGUAAUUAAAGGGCCAUGUCGUGGGCCAAGAAGCCGGGAGGGCCGCCCGGGGACCAGGCGGCCUUCAACCCUCAGCAAUUCAAUAACCAACAAAACAUGUAUCCGGGCUACGCAGGGGCGCCACCACAACAGUGGCCUCAACAACCACAACAACAACAAAUACCACAACAACAACAGCAACAAUACAAACAAUACCCCUUCCAACCGGAGUACCCUAACGCCAACCAAAUGUAUCAGCAACCUUACAACCAGAAUUACCCAGGCUACCAACCCCAACCUGGCUACCAAUACUACCCAAACCAACCGAACCAGCCUCCACAGGGCCACACAGAUGCCUGGGAAGACAACUGGGACUGGGGCUGGGACGAAUCAGCCAAACAGGCCCAACUCGCUGCCCAAAACCAACCCCAAGCAUUCAACAACGCAAAUGUCAUAGAAGAAAGUUUCGCUUCAACCGAUACUUGGAACUGGUCUAUGGAAGACAAGAAAGAAGAGAAACCUAAUGAGACUCAAGAACUCAAACCUGAACCACCCAAAGAGGAUGUCAAGCUAAGCGAUAAGGAGGCGGUUAAGGAAAGGCUGCCAAACUUAGCGCUUGGGAAAAGGUUGAAUUCUGACUUAACACCUCAGUGGUCCAUCGAAUCCCAAAUGUCUCAGGAAUCCAGCGAUCCACUCCACUCUGAAAGCACCUAUCGGAGCGAAAAUCAAUCUAGGAAUUCUACGAAAAGUAGCCCGGGGCAUAACGAUACAACUAACUUCAAUUUCCACGGGGAAGAGCUAAUGCCCCCCAUCGAUUGGCCUACGCCGACUGUUGAAGAGAUCGAGCGAAGGGACCGGAAACCUGACGAGCUCGCUUCUUCGCUGCAAGAAAUGAGCAUCGCUAACGAUGAGGCACAGGAGCGACAUGAGGCGCCUUCGCCGUCAAGGUCCCCUGCCAGUAUACUUCCUCCUCCCGUCUCAAACUUACCACUACCCCCUACUAACUUCCCGGCGUCAAGCCAGAACCCGUUUAAAAACACUGGCUCGUUCUCCCAUAAAAGCACUCCUAGUAAAUCCACCACGCCUAAUCAACCUUUCCCAGGGAUGACGGCCUUGAAUUCGCCGGCAGCAGUCAACAAAGUCCAGCAUAGAACUCCAGUAGGCUUUGGAGCGAACCUAGAAACGACUCCGGACAAUUCUGAACGCCCAGACCAGCCUCAGGUGGCUUUCAGACCACUGCAAGUUAAUCCACAAGUACCAGAUAAUUUGGAAGUCGCGCCACAGAACGAUAGGAACGAGUAUUUGCAGACGGCACAUCUGUCUACGGGUGAUUAUGAGAAUACUGAUUUCAGUAGGGGCUUGCCGCCUCCACCGGGAUUAAGGAGGAUGGUCGUAGGCCAACAGGAGUCUAAUGCGGACGAGCCCCCGCCAGGUUUAGCUCGCAUGGUGCCGGGACAGCAGACUGAAGCAGACAACUCCUACAACCAACCGGACAACUACAUGGAUAGACACAUAGAUGGUCAGCCGACGGACGAGAAUCCCCGCCCGUACCGCCAAGCCGACGGUCAACAGACCCCCGACUACUCCCAACCUCAAAGAACACGACCCAUAGGCAGGAUGGUGCCCGGCGAACCGAGCAACGACGAAUACCCUCAAUACCAAGCUGGUUACAACGAGCACAGGGUCGUAACAGGUGUGGACCAUGAUUACCCGAACGCCGGACCUUCUGAUAUACGAGAGCAGAACGUGGACGGUUCAGACUAUUCGGAACCACCUAGGAACCCUUUCAACGUCCGCGGAAGUUCUAAUGACGUAUCCUCCGAUUAUAAUGGACCUCCAGAAGAGCAACAACGGGAAGUCAUGAUGGAAGGAGAGAAUCUUCAGGAUCUAAGCGCCGUCGCGGCUUCUGAUUUAACUUAUACCAGAGAACACUUCGAUGGCGCUGAUACCAACGCAACAGAUCCAGGAACGGACAGAAAGACGGACUUAUCCGAGAACGACCAUCCGGUAUCAAGCUCGCGACGUCAAUCUAUCAACAGGACGUCGGGAGAGGAUUCAGAGCGAGAUAGAAUCAAAUCGAGCCCAAGGAGGGACAGAAAACAUAAGUCCUCGAGAGACAAGGAUAGGGAUGAUGGGAGAUACUCCAGGGACAGGAAGUAUGAUAGAGAUGGGAGGCCCGGGAGGAGAGAGCGAGAUGACAAGGAUAGGAGGGAUAGGAGAGAUGGGAGAGAAAAAGAGGCGAGUCCUGAGGGUAGGAAAUAUCGCCGCGGCACGAGGAGUCGUCGGUAUGAGACUGAGGAUACGGAUUACUAUAGCGACAGGGAAAGAGAACGCAGACGUUACCGCGAAGGCUCGUACUCGUCCAAGCCUCCCCGCCCGGACGACUACCGUCGUUACGACGACCGCCAUCGCUACAAUACGAUCGAGCGCGACCGUCGCUACGACGACGACGAGCGACGUCGCUACGGACGCUACAGGGACAUUGACCCCAAUCGCAAAUAUGGAAGCUUGAGGAGAGACGAGGAUAGAAGAGUCGUGACGUUUUCGGGUGACGUCAAAGACCCCGAUAUAAAAGGCGACCCGUACUCGUCUCCCUCUCGCGCGGAGUCCCGCGACGCGGGUCCCACCGACGACGAGUUGAACGAUACGCUCGCGUCGACAGAUUCCCGCCGUCGGUCUGACAGGGACCGGGAGCGCGACAGACAUAGGCGUCGGCACCGUACUGAUGCGUACUACGAUGGCUACGGCAGCGUAUACUCAGACCCGUACGCGCUCCAACGCCAACAAUACCAGUACUACGAGCACUUACGCCUCACCAACCCCACCCGCUACAUGGAGAUAUACAAGCAAAUCAUGGCCGGGCAGCCGCCGCCGCCCCCACCACCCGAGUAUCUGGCCGCGGCCAACAAAAUCACCGCCAUGCAAGGUUACUAUAUAGAAACCCCACCCCCUUACAUGCAGAUAUACAAGCAAAUCAUGGCCGGGCAACCGCCGCCACCCCCGCCACCUGAAUAUCUGGCCGCGGCCAGAAAAAUUACCGCCAUGCAAGGCUACGGCGCUCUCGGCUACGACAACAGAGGCGCAGAGGGCGGCAGCGUACAUUCCGGCCGCUCGAGCGCCAACGGGCUGAAGGGAACUGACACGUACUAUGGGAGAUAUGACGCUUCGCUUCGAGACGCGCCUUCGCUUCGCACCGACCUUUCGGACAAGGAGUUGAACACCGACGCUUCCUUGAACCUGCAUUUGGAAGAUUCCACGGUACGCUCCGAAAGGAUGACGCCGUUCAAAUUCUCUACGGCUCAUGUUAAGGGCAACAUCUCAUCCCGCCACAUAGUGGUCGUCCGUCCGUCCUACCCCGUGGACGGUCUGCCCGCGACCGUCCAGAUCGUCUCUCUGUCCGCUUCGCUAGCCUCAGACCCCAGCGUGAGGGAACUGGUCCAAUACCCCGGGCCACUUGUCAAAGGAGUCACCCAUAAGAAGAGCGUGAUAGAAUACUGCGCGAGCCGCGUCCGAAACGCCGGAGGCCGCGGCGACGUCAUCGGUUACGUGUUGCUCUGGCAGCUGUUAGCUUUGUUACUCAAGCAAAAUGGGGUGGUGGUCGGUAUCGACAUCGCCGAGCUUUUGAUGAAGAACAAACGUGACUAUGAAUUCAAUUCUAACGCGAAAAAUAAGGAACAAGCCGAUAGUCGAGGAUCGAGUGUGUCAGAGGAAGACACCAAUGGAGCACCCGCGACAGAGCAAACCCCACCCGAAGAGCCCAAUUUCGCGCGGCAGAGCGGCAUCGACGAAAAGGCCGCUUUGGACCAACUGAGAGAAUAUCUGACUUAUGGAAACAGGCAGGAGGCUAUCGAAUGGGCGAUGUCCCACAACCUGUGGGGCCACGCGUUCCAGCUGUGCGCGCACGCGGACCGGCGCACGCGCGCCGCCGUCGCCGCGCGCUUCGUGGCCGGCGUACCGCGCAACGACCCGCUCCACACGCUUUACCACACGCUGGCGGGUCGCCAACCUCCCGAGUCUGAGUGGGGUGACUGGCGUGCACACGCCGCCAUCAUACUGUCUAACACUUCGGCAAAACCGGAGAACGAAACAAGGACGCUUACGCAACUUGGUGACUCCCUCACCUCCCGCGGCCUCCUCUACUCCGCCCAAUUCUGUUACAUCUCCGCCCGCGUCCCCUUCUCCCGCCACCCCCUCGCCCCAUUCGCCCCGCCCCCCUCCGAGCCGACCUCGCCGCCUCGCCUCGCGCUGCUCCUCGCCGACUCGAGGGCCGACUCGCUGAACCAGCUCGCUACUAACGAGGCGAUAUUCGCUACCGAGAUAUACGAGUACGCGCUCUCGCUGAGUCAGGACUAUUGUAUCGGUGAAUUGCAGGCGUAUAAAUUCCUUCUGGCGUGUCGUUUGGUGGACGCCGGAGAGUACGAACGCGCAUUGGCGUAUACGGAGGCGCUGGCACGGGCUGUGACGCGAUCGCCGCGGGACUAUCCGCAGCAGCUGGUAGCACAGCUGUACCAGUUGGCGGACAGGCUCAAAUAUCACGAUCCGGCACUGAACGAAGACCCACCCCUACUAGAGGAGGGUGAACAGAGUGAACCCUCCCCACGCCAUCAGCAAUGGCUCGAUGACGUCGCCGGGGUGGCACAAGUGUUAGAGGCGGAAGCGGAAGCGUCGAAACAAGUGACGCCCGUGCACCAACCCCCGCCGGUGGAAAUGUACGCACCCACACAGUACUCGUGGGAGCAGACGCCACAGGCGCCACCUGCACCAGAACUGUACAAUACGCAACCGGUUCAAUCGGCGUACCCGGAGCCCUAUCAACCCGAGCCCUAUCAACCCGAGGAACCAUACUACCCGCGUCAGCAGUCCACGGAGUACGCGGAUCCGGAGUAUUGGCCGCAAGACCAGUAUCAAUACGAGCCUCCGCGCGUAAGUACCCGCCGCGCCCCCACCGCCCGCGUCCCGCCCCGCACACUACACACCCUCCCCUCGUUCGACGAGUCGUUAGAAAUGAUCGAAUACCAUCGCUCGCCCGGCCUACGCAAACGCAUACACCCUAAGAACAAAACCGUCAAUGUAGGUUUCGAAAGAACGUCGCCCGGUAGGAUGCGCACUAUAUCGCGGGGGAGCAGCGAGUCAAGCGAUAGCAAAAUGAAACCGCUAUCCGACUUGGAUAUUCAGAUAGCUCAUAGCCCGCAACUAGGCGUCUCGGCCAACGAGCCGACUAAAUCGCAAAUGUUUGAAGCGAAUAGACGCGGACGCUACGGCAAAGUCAUAAGCAACACUGUAGACACUUGGGCGAGACAGACAAUCCACGUCCGUGACGGCACUUAUAAACCUCUCAUAUUCGGCGGGACUUAUCCUAUAGAAGUACCCGCUUCACCGCCCGAGGAAAAAGAAAAAAUAUUUAAAAAAACAGUACCCGUCGCUGAAGUGAAAGCUACUAUAGACCAAACGACACACAGGCGAGAGUUAAAGAAGACUAUCGAACGCAGCUUAGACAGAUUCGAAGCGAUACUCGCCAAAAGAGAUCCCACCAAUAAAAGACAGGCGUUUUCGAAACGCGUUGUCAACACUUUCGAUAUAGACGAGCCGGUGAAUGUUGGUGAGACGAGAGAUGUCCUGAAAGACAAGGAUGCGAGAUACUACGUUUCGGGGCCGAAGACGUUUAAUAUUGACGAACCUGUGGCGUUUAUUAAUCUUCCGGGAGGGAUUAAAUUCAUUCACCUCGCACUCUACACAAACAAAACACGUACUCUAUCGACGGUCAGACGUUUGCGUUGCGUAUUCUGUGCGUGUGUGGCACAGGCGCCGGCGGACGCGGGCGCGGCAGCGGGGCAGGGAGCGGACGAGGCUGACGAGCCGAGGCCUCAGAUCACGAUGCCCGGGGCGACCGCGAGCCGGCCGGCGUUGUACGCGGACUAUGAGGAUGAUAGACCACCUAGUGCUGAUACGGACCGCGACACGGACACUCCAAAGCCAGCCAAGAAGUCGGACACCAAGAAACAGGAGCCACAGAAGAAAUCUGGCUGGCUUGGCGGCAUCUUCACUAAACUCACGCUGCGGCCGCCCAACCAGAUGAUACUGCCUGACGACAAGAAUCCCUCUAUCGUGUGGGACGCCGUGAACAAGCGCUGGCAGAACCUGGACGCCGACGGCGAAGAAACGGCGUCGGUGCCGCCGCCGCCGCCCAAAACCGCCGACAUUCCUGCUAUGCAUACGUCGUCACCACUACAAGCGCCGCCCGCGGCUGGUCUGCCGCCCGCCGCGCCCGUUUCCAAUAUUUUCAAAAUGCAGAAGGGCAGACACAUAAAGAAGUCAUACGUGGAUGUGUUCAACCCGAGCGGCGCGCCGACGCGACCCCUCCCGCCGGCGUCCGAGGUGCUCGGCCCCGGGCCCGCGCUCGGCGCUCCGCCGCAGUACAUGCUUCCACAACAGACCUUUGACCCGUCUCAAUCGCAGCCCGAGGACACCUACAAUAGUGGCUAUUGAAGCCCUCCGAUCUCCACUAGGCCACAUCUCGCCGCACACGUCUCAUAGCCGACCAACGACGAACAUCGACGGAUUUUCACGUCAUGACUGGUUUUCACGUCAUGACGGGUUUUCACGUCUUGAUGGACAUACAUAUCCUAUAGAUGACCAAUGAACGCCGAUGGGUGUUCACGUCAAGACGGAUAUACACGUCUCAUAGCCGAUCAAUGAAGAUCGACGCGUUUUCACGUCUUGACGGAUAUACAAGUCUCAUAGCCGACCAAAGAACGCUGACGGGUUUUCACGUCAUGACGGAUAUACACGUCCCAUAGCCGACCAAUGAACACCGACGGAUUUAUACGUCAACACGGAUAUACACGUUUCAGAGCCGACCAACGAACACCAGUGAUGGAUUUAAACGUCAUUGACGGAUAUACACGUCUCAUAGCCGACUAUUAUGAUGAUUGAUGAUGAAAGCCAUACAAGCAUGAGAGAGACUUUACUAAAUAUUACGGCAAUAUAUAUACCAAGGAUUUUUCUUGAUACA